GUUCAUGUUAGCAGUUAGCUGGAAGACGGUAGUGUGGUCGUGUCUCGGGUAAAUAUUCCAGUAGUGGACGGAGCAGUGAUGUCUUCGGUUCAGUAUUUGAGAGAGUUUAUCAGCGAGCGACUAACAGCUGCUGCUGAAGAGAUAUUCACAGUCUUUGAAAAAACCAUCGUCCAGUACGAAGAAGAGGUGGAUCGUCAGCGCAGACUGCUGGAGAGCGUUUUGAAACCUGAAAUAAAGCUGCACAGGAUCGAGCUCCCACAGCAGCAUGUCUUUAAGGAGGAGGAGGUUCUCACUGAGCAGCAGCUCUGUCCCCAGGAGAGGAACUCCAGUCUGGACCAAGAGGAACAAGAACCUCCACAGAUUAAAGAGGAACAGGAGGAAAUGUGCACCAGUCAGGAGGGAGAGCAGCUCGUACUGAAGCAGGAGACUGAAACCUGCAUGUUGACUCCUCAUGGUGAGGAAAGUGACCACAGAGAACCAGACGGUGAGCACCAGCUCCUCUCUCACAACUCUCCUGUAGCUGAGAGCCAAGAUCAGAACAGAAGAAAGCAUGUGGAUUCAGGAUCAACAGGAAAUGAAGAACUAAACCCACAAAAGAGUUUUCAUGAAAACAGGAGUCCCAGUAGCAAUGUGGACAGCUCUCCCAAAUCAGAGAUUAACUCUAUUACUCACACAGGUGAAAAGUCUCUGAAAUGUGACACUUGCGGAAAAACUUGUGUGUAUAAGUCUAAAUUGAAGAUUCAUCUGAGAACUCACACAGGUGAGAAGCCAUUUCAGUGCAAAAUAUGUCAGAAACUUUUUGUGACCAGUGGUGAUUUGAAAGUCCACAUGAGAUUUCACACUGGUGAGAAGCCGUAUUCUUGCCAAUCAUGUGGUAAAUGUUUUUCUACUAGUAGUCAUUUCAAGGUCCACAUGAGGAGUCACACUGGUGAGAAGCCAUAUUCGUGCAAAAUAUGUCAGAAAGGUUUUGUAAGGGGUUGUAAUUUGAAGGUUCAUAUGAGAAUUCACACUGGUGAGAAGCCAUAUUCUUGCCAAACAUGUGGGAAAAGGUUUGGACGUAGUGAUGAUUUGAGAGUCCACCUGAGAACUCAUAGUUGAGUAGCCACAUUCUUGCCAAAUGUAACCCUCUGGGAAAACCAGUUGUUACCAAAACACUUAUUUAUAGUAUUAUUUAUAUUUCCUCCUUACUGAGAAAUCCUUUUAUUUAAUUAACAAUUCGGUUUUAUUUCUCUGUAUUUAAUUUAUUAUUAAUAAGUCAUUUCCUUUUUGCUCAGGAAGUGUUCUACAGGUCAAAAAAAUUGACAACAAAUUAGCCUAUUGGUUCAAGGUGAGAUAACUGCAUGUUAUUGGUGUAAAACGGUCUAAGUCCCGCCUCCUCACUCAAGUUGGAUGGGUGCAGUCGAGUGUGGAGACAGACGGAGCCUGAUGAGAAGUGGAGAAGUUGAAAUUACGGAGCGAUAUUACUGCUACUGGUACUCGAUAUAAUACUGAACAAAGAGAAGUUAGAGUAUGUUUGAGCCCAUAAGAAGUUUAUUAACUACUGAGAGGACCUGGAGAGCAGCUUAGAGCACCGGAUAUCCUUUAUUUUCCCGGCUGGGUUUUCUGGAUACCCUUGAACUUUGAGUUGGAUUGGAAUCUCUUCCUGACGAGGGAGAUGGCGAGCCACCCGUGUUGAGCACCUGGAUUGAGGAGCGCUUCCAGCAUUCAUCUACCUUGCUGUCAGUGUGGUAGGACUGUGGGGAAGGACCUCAAAGGACAGUUGAAUCUAGCAGAACAUCCUAUUUUUGAGGAUCACUUUUAUUUUCUGGGUGCACCCAUUUCAAAAGACAUUUCUAAUUUUUCUAAACUGAAUGCCGGCAAAAUUGUAAUUAUUUUGUGUGUUAAUACAAUUGUUUUAAUUAAAACUUAAC